UUGAAAUCAACGACCCGGAAACACUAUCGCGACGCUGAACUUGUCCUUUCCUCUUCUUGUGUCCUCUUCAGUUUCCAUUAUGGCUCAGGCAGUUCAGAAACUCGUUGCCAAAGUACCAACUUUAGUCGGUGCCGCUGUCACAUACUCCAGACCCCGACUAGCGACCUUCUGGCACUAUGCCCGGGUGGAGCUCGUCCCACCUUCCCCUUCUGAGAUCCCUAAAGCCAUAGAGGCAGCCAAGGGCCUCGUCAAGAGCUUCCAGUCGGGACGCGCGGGACAAACCACAGUAAAGGAUGCCUUAAGGAACGGACUCGUGGCCACUGAGGUGCUGAUGUGGUUCUACAUUGGAGAGUGCAUCGGCAAAGGAGGAAUCAUUGGAUACGAUGUCUGAAUGUUGUUUUGCUCUUAACCCUCUUUUUGCACUAAUUGUCACAUUCUAAACUAAAUCUGUACCAAAUUUUCAAAUAAACAUUCUUUAUUUUAUUUGCAA